ACUCGACAGCAUUUGAAUUACAGACUUGAGAUCGGAGUUUUACGAAUUUCAUUUAAAAUCAAUUAAUGUAUCAACACGAUUGUUUCAAGCUAUUUAAAGACAUGUUGCUCUUUUUAAGUUUUUCCUGUAAAUUGUAUAUAUAAAAACAAGUGUUGCGAUGCUUUCACUGCUGUAUGAUAGCUAAAUUUUUGUAUCAUGUCAAAUUUAUCGUCAUCCAGUAAUAAAAAUCAUUCAAAAAAGGGUAACAGUGGAAGAGAACGCGAUAAAAAUAGGUCUGUUGCUUCAGAAUCCGGAUCUAGUCAGUGCGAUACUCCUCCAUUAUCAGAAAAGGAUGGUGGUGUACAUGGGAAGUUUGCAGGAGUGGGGGCUGACUCAAUACUGUGCAUUGCGGAGCAGGUGGCUGCAGAGCUCACAGGAGAGGCUGUUGUCAACUUGGCAGAGGAUGUCAGCUAUAAAUUACGUCAAACAAUAUCUACAAUCGCAUUACACAGUGAAAUGAUGAAGAAAAGCCGUGUUGACACUUGGGAUGUCAACACGGUGUUAAAACUUUCUGAUACAAGUCCAUGUAUUGGGACCACAAAUAAUGUUUAUGUUCCACUCGGGGAAGAAAAAUUGUGUUUUCAAACUGAAAAGAUAUUAAAUGUGACUGAAUAUGCCAUGACCAGCCAGUCGUAUGUCUUCUCUACAGUACCCUCGGUGACAGUGGAAUGGAUAACUGAUGAUAGAAGUUUAAGUAGCAACAGUAAUAUAAGCUUUAAUUUACAUAAUUACUAUACUAAUGUCGCCAGAGCAAUAUUAAAUUUAAAGAAGAAACCAAAACAAAUAGCAGUAGAGGAUUUAAUGACGAAUACAAGGAUUGGUCCAAUAUUUCCGAACCUGUUCAAUUUGGCCGUGUUGGUAUUGAAUGAUGACAACCUAAAAGCACUUAAUGUCCCCGCUAAGAAACCUCUGCAGUCAAAUGUAUUAGAUAUGGUGGACGCUUUAUGUUCGAAUCCUUGCAGUUUAGAUACUAAUAUACAGCAACAAUUCCAGAGAUUAUUUCCAGUGAUGGUGUCAAAUAUACUAGGCAAUGGAUCCCUUGCAGAGAAAAUGGUCGCUAUUUUAACUAAAAUCACACGUACCUGGCCCUCGUUUAUAGCUAUUGGUGAGAGUAUUCUGUUCGACUACCUGUCGCAAGGCAGCAAGGAGCGGCUGACCGCGCCCAUGAUCCGCUGCGUGUCGGCGCUGGGGCGGCGCGCGCUGCUCGCCUGCCUCGCGCACCACCUCGACCACCUCGACACGCUGCUGCCUGCCCACCCCGACCUGCGCGACACCAUACUUGAUGCGUCGACUUGUUUAUUAAGAUCUGAGCCCACCACAUUCCUGGAAGACUUUGUGACAACGGAGUACACUCUAUACGAGAUGCUAGGAGACUCUAUAAUGCCGCGAAGGACUCUAUUCCCUUAUAAAGUAACAGUGCCAUGUGAAGAAACGACAGAGAAAUCACCAGAAGAAGAAUUCUCCUUCUUACCUCUAAGACCACCGAUUAUUGUGAAAGGCGCUAAACUAAGAUUGUUGCCAGUAACAAAAAACGUUAAAAUCCACCAUAGAGACGAAGUAUUCGAACCGUGCAAUUUUACCAUAGACAAACCUCGUAUCUUUUUAAAAAUAAACAACUGCAGAUCCAAGGAUAUACCACAGACAAUAUACCCAGAGAGGAAUCAUAUCAGUGUUGCCAGGCCCGGUGCGGUCGUGUGCAGUGGAGUUUUCCAUAGAUUUAAGUACAGACUGAAACAGAGCAAUAAUACAUUUCCAAUAUAUGGAGUGUAUAUGUUAUAACAGUAUAAGUAUAAUUAUUUAUUUAA